AUGGAAACUAUUGUUUUUAUUAUACUAUACGUGAUUCUCUUUCUCUCAACUCUUCUUUCAUAUCCAUUUCUUAGGAAGCAAAAAAGAGGGUUUCCUAUAGAAAGGUAUAAGCUUCCACCAGGUUCAAUGGGUUGGCCAUAUAUUGGAGAAACUCUUCAACUUUACUCUCAAGACCCAAAUAUCUUCUUUCUUACAAAACAGAAAAGAUACGGAGAAAUAUUCAAAACGCAAAUACUCGGUUGUCCUUGUGUCAUGUUGGCUAGCCCUGAAGCCGCGAGGUUCGUGCUGGUGACUCAUGCUCACUUGUUCAAACCAACUUACCCCAAAAGCAAGGAGAUGAUGAUUGGCCCUUGGGCGCUCUUCUUUCACCAGGGUGAAUACCACACUCGGCUAAGGAAGUUGGUUCAAUACUCACUAGCACCUGAUACCAUCAGGAAGCUAAUUCCUGAUAUUGAACACAUAGCUCUUUCUGCCUUGGACUCAUGGGCUGCCUCUGGACAAGUUAUAAACACCUUUUAUGAGAUGAAGAAGUUCUCUUUCGACGUCGGCAUUCUUUCCAUAUUUGGUCACUUAGAUGGAGGCUACAAGGAGAAGUUGGAGGAGAACUACAGGAUAGUGGAUAAAGGUUACAACUCUUUUCCUACAAAAAUUCCUGGGAGUGCACAUCACAAAGCACUCCAGGCAAGGAAAAGGCUGAAUCAGAUUCUAAGUGAAAUAAUUCGUGAGAGAAAGGAGAAAAGGCUGGUAGAAAAGGAUCUUUUGGGCCAUCUGUUGAACUUCAAAGAUGAAAAGGGGGAAACUUUGACUGAAGAUCAAAUUGCUGAUAACGUCAUUGGGAUACUUUUUGCUGCACAGGACACUACAGCCAGUUUUAUAACAUGGAUUCUCAAAUUCCUCCAUGAUGACCCCAAGCUUCUAGAAGCAGUUAAGGCAGAGCAAAAGGCGAUAUAUGAGUCGAACAAUGGAGGGAAGGAGCGUCUAACAUGGGCACAGACAAGGAAAAUGACUCUUACAUAUAGGGUUUUACUAGAGGGUUUGAGGAUGGCAAGCAUCAUAUCUUUCACAUUCAGGGAAGCAGUAGUUGAUGUGGAGUAUAAGGGAUACCUAAUACCCAAGGGUUGGAAAGUGAUGCCAUUGUUCAGGAAUAUUCAUCAUAAUCCAGAAUUCUUUUCUGAUCCUCAUGAUUUUGAUCCAUCUAGAUUUGAGCAGGUAGCUCCAAAACCAAAUACCUUCAUGCCGUUUGGCAACGGUGUUCAUGCUUGUCCAGGCAACGAGCUAGCCAAGCUGGAGGCUCUCAUUUUGAUCCAUCAUCUAGUAACAAAAUUCAGGUGGGAGGUGGUGGGUUCUGAAAGUGGGAUCCAAUAUGGCCCAUUCCCAGUCCCUCAACAAGGACUCCCUGCCAGAUUUUGGAAACAAUCCAGCUGUCCUUCUUAAAACAUGUGCCCUUAAGUUAUAAAUUUGGGAAAGAAGCCCAUCCACCAAUGCAGCAACCACAACUUUUCUGCUCCCUAACAAAACCCUGCUAUUUUUCAUCUGGGGUUUCUACAAUCAUCUCAUCUUUCACCUGGAUUUAUACUAUAAUUAUUAACUUCUUGUUAUUUUUGCAGCUAGUAACUGUUAAAUUUUCUUUAAAAUAUGUAUGUAUAUUAUCAAUUAUAAUAAAAAUAUAUUAAUGGGGAAAAAAUUCCCCAAUAUAA